GCUUGACUUGGGUGCCCUGGUAGAAGAGGGGGGCAUAUGCCAGGACCUAGUCCAACCCCAGACGCUGCCUGAGCUUCCCUCCAGUUCCCCCCUCCCUUCCUUUCUUUCCUUUCCUCCCUCCCUCUCUCUCCCUUCCUCCCUCCCCCCCCCAGGCUGGCGUGCCAGGGGGUGGGACAUGCCAAUCACCGGCUGUGCCUCUCCGGCUGCCAGCACAGGGCGCAGCUCCCCCCGGGAGCCAGGUGUUUGGGUCCCUGGAGACACCGCCGGCCCCCGGGGCGGCAGUGGGACGGAGGACCCUGCAGACCUCUCCCCAGCCCCAUGGAAACCCUGAAUCCCACCACCCCCAUCCACCUUCAGCCCCCUCAAGAUGGACUGAACCAGGCUGCUGGCCAGGCGGACGAGCUGGAUGCCAAGGUGAUGACCUCCCACUGAGGAAGCCCGGAAGCGUGACUAGAGGAAGGGGCUGCCCCCAGGCCCCCCAGCCACCAUGAAUACCUCGGCCCCACCCGCCGUCAGCCCCAACAUCACCGUCCUGGCCCCGGGAAGGGGUCCCUGGCAGCUAGCUUUCAUCGGGAUCACUACGGGCCUCCUGUCGCUGGCCACUGUGACGGGCAACCUGCUGGUGCUCAUCUCCUUCAAGGUCAACACAGAGCUCAAGACGGUCAACAACUACUUCCUGCUGAGCCUGGCCUGUGCAGACCUCAUCAUCGGCACCUUCUCCAUGAACCUCUACACUACGUACCUGCUCAUGGGCCACUGGGCCCUGGGCACGCUGGCCUGCGACCUCUGGCUGGCCCUGGACUACGUGGCCAGCAACGCCUCCGUCAUGAACCUGCUGCUCAUCAGCUUCGACCGCUACUUCUCCGUGACCCGGCCCUUGAGCUACCGAGCCAAGCGCACACCCCGCCGGGCGGCCCUGAUGAUCGGCCUUGCCUGGCUGGUUUCCUUCGUCCUCUGGGCCCCAGCCAUCCUUUUCUGGCAGUACCUGGUGGGGGAGCGGACGGUGGGGGCUGGGCAGUGCUACAUCCAGUUCCUCUCCCAGCCCAUCAUCACCUUCGGCACAGCCAUGGCCGCCUUCUACCUCCCUGUCACGGUCAUGUGCACGCUCUACUGGCGCAUCUACCGGGAGACAGAGAACCGAGCCCGGGAGCUGGCGGCCCUGCAGGGCUCCGAGACUCCUGGGAAGGGGGGUGGCAGCAGCAGCAGCUCAGAACGGUCUCAGCCGGGGGCCGAGGGCUCCCCAGACACCCCUCCAGGGCGCUGCUGCCGCUGCUGCCGGGCCCCCAGGCUGCUGCAGGCUUACAGCUGGAAGGAGGAAGAAGAGGAGGACGAAGGUUCCAUGGAGUCCCUCACCUCCUCCGAGGGCGAGGAGCCAGGCUCCGAGGUGGUGAUCAAGAUGCCCAUGGUGGACCCGGAGGCACAGGCUCCCACCAAGCAGCCCCCCCGGAGCUCCCCGAAUACAGUCAAGAGGCCGACCCGGAAAGGGCGUGAGCGAGCCGGCAAGAGCCAGAAGCCCCGCAGGAAGGAGCAGCUGGCCAAGCGGAAGACCUUCUCACUGGUCAAGGAGAAGAAGGCGGCUCGGACCCUGAGCGCCAUCCUGCUGGCCUUCAUCCUCACCUGGACGCCGUACAACAUCAUGGUGCUGGUGUCCACCUUCUGCAAGGACUGUGUCCCCGAGACCCUGUGGGAGCUGGGCUACUGGCUGUGCUACGUCAACAGCACCAUCAACCCCAUGUGCUACGCGCUCUGCAACAAGGCCUUCCGGGACACCUUCCGCCUGCUGCUGCUCUGCCGCUGGGACAAGCGACGCUGGCGCAAGAUUCCCAAGCGCCCCGGCUCUGUGCACCGCACCCCUUCCCGCCAGUGCUGAUGGCCCCUCGCCUGCAUCUCUCCACCCCAGGUCCCGGGUGAGCCCGGUAGGAGCAGGCAGGGGCUGUGGCCUCAGCCCCAGGGCUCUGCUCCGGCCUCGCCAGGCCUCCCAGGCCCCUAGGUCACCUUCCUGGACAGCCAGAGAGACCCUGCCAGCUUUCCAAACUUCGCUCUUCCCAGGCAGGGGGCAGAAGCUGGGAAACUGGUUUUUCUGUUCACUGCUGGAUAGGAACGGGCUCUUCACCAGGAAGAAGGCCAGGAGGAGGAUCUGGGCUUUGGAUUCCUUGUUUGCCUUCAGGCAGGAAGUCCCUCUAGAGCCAGCAGGGCAGGCCAAGAGAAGGAAGGUUUACCAUUCAGUCACCCUUGGCCCGGUGGCUGGCCUGGGUGGCAGUGGGAGAUGGCACCCUCUGGGGCCACACGGGGUGGGGUGGGGUGGCAAGGAAAGCGUGACUCCUAGGGAGCACCCUCUGAGCAGGGAGCUUCUCCCUCCACAGGCACAGUCCACUCUGCUGGACCCCGGCACACUCUCCUGGAUGGUGAGCCUCCCUGCAUAUGUCUCCACAGGCCCUAUGUGGGUCGCUCCCAAGGCAAAUGGCCAAGCAUCAGCAGGACAAUGACACCAGCGGGAUCAGCGUGGCUCGUCACACCUCGAGCCCCAGAGUGUGGACCAGGCACCAGGUGUCCUGACUGUCCCACUAGGCCAUUUCCCUGCAAGUGAGGGCCAGGGUGCCUGCUGCCCAGCCCCACUCCUGUACCCUGGCCCAGAAAAACCCUCACCAUCCCUCCCUCGCUCACAGCUGACACCUGGGUAGCUCCGCUCUGUGCAGAGCUAACCAGGCACCCUGCAUGCUGCCUGCUCUGGCCCUGCCCCGUGUAGACCUGGCCCAGUCAGCAGGUUCCCUUCUGUGAGCGCCCGAGCCCGACCCGUGCAUGGUCUCUCAGCCGCCCUUAUCCCCAGGCCCAGCCUGAUCCCAAAUGUUCUUUCCUUUCAUCCUCAGCAAAUGCUGAGUCUGUGAAUAAAGCCACAUAACCAGCAGGCA